CGGGCGGGGUGGAGGAGGGCAGAGAAGCAGGGAGAGUAGGGCGCGGGCAGCCCGGGCCGGGGGUCCUGUCUGCCGGCGCCGGACGGACGGGCCGAUCCCGGAGCGCCGCCAUGGGCCCGGGGCCCCCGACGGCCGGAACGGGGGCGUCCCUGCGGCCGCUGUCCCUGGUCGCGCGGCUGAGCUACGCCGUGGGCCACUUCCUCAACGACCUCUGCGCGUCCAUGUGGUUCACCUACCUGCUGCUCUACCUGCACUCGGUGCGCGCCUACAGCUCGCGCGGCGCCGGCCUGCUGCUGCUGCUGGGUCAGGUGGCCGACGGGCUGUGCACGCCCCUCGUGGGCUUCGAGGCUGACCGCGCCGCAGGCCGCUGCGCCCGCUUCGGCCCGCGCAAGGCCUGGCACCUGGUCGGCACCAUCUGCGUCCUGCUGUCCUUCCCCUUCAUCUUCAGCCCCUGCCUGGGCUGCAAGGCUACCACGCCUGAGUGGGUUGCCCUCCUCUACUACGGGCCUUUCAUCGUGAUCUUCCAGUUCGGCUGGGCUGCUACACAGAUCGCCCACCUCAGCCUCAUCCCGGAGCUCGUCACCAACGACCAUGAGAAGGUGGAGCUCACGGCUCUCAGGUACGCCUUCACCGUGGUGGCCAGCAUCACCGUCUAUGGGGCUGCCUGGCUUCUGCUCCACCUGCAGGGCUCUCCCCACAUGGGGUCCACCCAGGAUGUCUAUGACCAGCUGGGGGUCCAAGAUGUGCCGGUGUUCCGGAACCUCUCGCUGUUGGUGGUGGGCGUUGGAGCUGUCUUCUCACUGCUGUUCCACCUGGGCACCAGGGAAGGGCGCCGGCGGCAGGUGGAGGAGCCAGAUGAACACAGCCCCCUGUUGGCCCCUGCAACUGCCAGGCCCUUGGUGCUCUGGAAACACUGGCUUCGGGAGCCAGCCUUUUAUCAGGUGGGCUUGCUGUACAUGAGCACAAGGCUCAUUGUGAACCUGUCCCAGACAUACAUGGCCAUGUACCUCACCUACUCCCUCAACCUGCCUAAGAAGUUCAUCGCCACCAUCCCGCUGGUGAUGUACCUCAGCGGCUUCCUCUCCUCCUUCCUUCUGAAGCCCGUCAACAAGUGCAUCGGGAGGAAUAUGACCUACUUCGUGGGCCUCCUGGUGAUCCUGGCCUUCGCAGCCUGGGUGGCACUGGCCGAUGAGCUGGGUGUGGCUGUGUAUGUGGUGGCUGUGCUGCUAGGCAUGGGCUGUGCCACCAUCCUCGUCACCUCGCUGGCCAUGACGGCUGACCUCAUUGGCCCCCACACGGUAGGGCUGCUGAGCCGGUCCGGGUUGGGGUUGGGGACCAGGGCCGAGGCCUGGGAUGCUGACCCCCUGCCCGUGUCCCCCCAGCACAGCGGAGCCUUCGUGUAUGGCGCCAUGAGCUUCUCGGACAAGGUGGCCAACGGGCUGGCAGUCAUGGCCAUCCAGAGCCUGCACCCCUGCUCCUCAGAGCUCUGCUGCAAAGCCUGCGUGGCCUUCUACCACUGGGUGAUGGUGGCCGUGACAGGCGGCGUGGGCGUGGCCGCCACCCUGGCUCUGUGCUGUCUCCUGGUCUGGCCCGUCCGCCUUCGGAGCUGUGAGUUGCAGGCCCCGCCACCCCACAAAAGCCCCAAACCAGCCAUGGGUGUGUAGGUCUGGGCCAGGACA